AUGCUUUUUUACUUGACCACCUUGAAUCUUGCGAGAUUCUUGACCGAAACUGCUCCAAAACUUAAUGAGGGCGAAGGAGAUGUGCAAGCAUUGAGUGCACUUGAUGCUUGGAAGCAUUCGGACUUUCUGUGCCGAAAUUAUAUCAUGAACAGCCUAACAGAUGCGCUGUACAAUGUGUAUAGCACCAUGAAAAUUGCUAAGGAAUUAUGGCAGUCCUUGGACUGGAAAUACAAAACUGAGGAUGUCGGGGCUAAAAAGUUUAUAGUCGGCAAAUUCCUAAACUAUAAGAUUGUAGACUCCAAAACUGUUAUCAGUCAAGUGCAAGAACUCCAAGUGAUCCUUCACCAAAUUCAUGCUGAAGGAAUGAUGUUGAGUGAAACUUUUCAGGAAAUGAACGUUGAAGAACUCGUUGUUAGACUUCAAAUCGAAGAAGACAACAAGAGUUCCGAGAAGAAGUGGUUCAAUCAUGGUGUGGCCAAAGCCAAUGUUGUGGAGCUUGGUCAAAGUAGUAAGAACUACAAAAACAAGUCUGGGUCAUCCGCUGGCAAAAGAACCAAGCAAGGACCGAAAGGUGGAAUUGUCAAGAAAAAAUUUCAAGGGAAAUGUUUCAAUUGUGACAAAGUGGGUCACAAGUUUUCGGAGUGCAGAUUACCAAAGAAGAAUAAAGAAGCGAACGUGGUUGACUACAUGACACAAGAUGUGUUGAAGCUGAAUCUCGCAGCAGUCAUUUCUGAAGUAAACGUGGUGGCAACUUCUGAAAUCAAGGGUCAAGGAAAAGUGAUUCUGAUGAUGACCUCGGGAAAGGAGCUGACUCUCAACAAUGUGCUUUAUGUGUCAGAAAUUCGCAAGAAUUUAGUGUCCUGA